AUGGUCAGACCGCAUCUUCGUCACUACUGCGUGGUUGGGCGGGAGACGCCCUCGGAGAAGAAUCCUCAACCCACCGUAUACAAAUUUGAGGUUUUUGCACCGAACUUUGUCGUGGCAAAGAGCCGCUUCUGGCGCAUGAUGCGUGAAAAAAACAAAGUGAAGUCAACACACGGCGACGUUCUCUCCUGCAAGGUGGUGAAGGAUCGCAAACUGGCUGCCCGCAAUUACAGCGUGGAUAUUGCAUAUUACAGCCAGCGUUGUGGUUAUACGCACAUGGUGAAGGAGUUUCGUGAUGUGUGCAAAGCUGGUGCUGUAAGUCAGGCUUAUAAUGACCUCGCCUCACGCCACCGCGCGCGGUAUCACAACAUUGAAGUGCUUGGCGUAAAGAGCAUCCCGAACCACGAAGUACGCCGCCUGAACGUGGCGCAGUUCCACCCACACAACCUGUCGUUCCCGCUCCUGCAGCGCCGUGUGAAGGCACCACGCAAGGACCGUGUCAUAUUUGUGAAGAAGAACUCGAAGCGGGCAGUGGUUGCAUAG